UACAGAGGUGAGUUUACGAGUUGAUCAUUUUGUUCGUCUGGACUACUUCCUCAUUUUACUUUCCGUGGAUACCCUGGAGGACUUUAUAUGAUCAUAAAAGUGCUAUAUUCUUAAUAAUUGGCGGAUCUUUGAGCUAAGGACGCAAGCAAGUUGAACAAGCAAUCUCCGACAAUCUCCAGAUCGAGUGCCACACCAACGGCGACCAGCGACAACGAAGAGAAAAAUGCCUUCUUUAUCGUUCCCAGAAGARCUAACAAAGCACUACGAAGUCCAUGAGACAAUUGGAAGCGGUGGAUUUGCCAAGGUUAAGCUUGGUGUUCAUCUGCUAACAGGAGAAAAGGUUGCAAUAAAAAUGAUGAAUAAAAUCGCAUUAGGGCAUGAUCUUCCAAGAGUUAAAAGGGAAAUUGGAGCUAUGAAAGAUUUAUGUCAUCAACAUGUUUGYCAACUUUACCAAGUUAUUGAGACAGCUGAAAACAUUUUUAUGAUUUUAGAACAUGCCCAAGGAGGUGAAUUGUUUGACUACAUAGUUGCUAAAGACAGAUUAAAGGUACUAGUAAGACGUUUCAUGGGUAAAUUAUUUUGAUUCUUUUGAUAUUGU